GGGGUCUUUAUUUGGCAGGAAGUUAGCCGCAGCUAACAGGAAGCCGAACAAUGAGGGCACUCUGAGGUGCAGGAAUUGGCAAAGAGCAGCGAGUGCUAACGUUGGUCUUUCCACUCGGUACAACUUGCCCUGAUAAAGGAGGAACAAGUAGUCUGCCACCUGUGUAUGAGGACAAGUCAGAGGCAGCUAUGUCUUCAACGGUGGAUCUCAAGACCAAGGAGGAGAAGGACGCAGAGUUGGACAGAAGAAUCGAAGCUCUGAGGAAAAAGAAUGAAGCUCUGGUCAAGAGGUACCAGGAAAUCGAAGAAGACAAGAAGAAAGCAGAACAGGAGGGCAUUGCUGUGACGACACCUCGGAAGCCCCGCCCCCAUGAGCCAGAGACGGACAGGAGGAAGACGGAGAAGGAAAACUUCACCGUCACAGUCGACCUUUCUAAGCCAACAGGGGAGAAGAGAGUCGUGAAUGACUGGAAACCUGGACCUGGAACACCUCGCGGCCGGAAGUCGUCAGAAGAAAGCGACGGCCUCAGAGGGCAGAGCGACGCCCAUAGCCCCACCAGGAGGACGGGGUCGACACGGAUAGGCCGGGGAGGACAGAGAGGAGGAGGAGGUCGCCAAGAGAGGAGAGAAUGGGAACCGAGGACACCCAGAGAUGGAGAACCCGGGGGGGAGUUGGGAGGGCAGGGACGCAGAGGAGGAAGGAGAGGAAGAGGAAGAGGAGGAGAGGGAGGAGGUGGAGGUGGAGGUGGAGGUGGAGGAGGAGGAGGAGGAGGAGGAGGCGGAGGAGGCGGAGGAGGCGGAGGAGGAGGAGGAGGAACAGGAACAGGAACAGGAACACCAGGUGGCAUGGACAGGAAAUCUAAAGAAUGGGAGGAGAAGAGACGACAGAACAUUGAGAAGAUGAACGAAGAAAUGGAGAGAAUAGCGGAGUAUGAGAGAGGACAGCGGCAGGAUGGUGACAAGCCGAUUCGUAACUUCCUGGAUGACCCGAGACGUUCGGGCCCAGCGCCAGACAUAGACCGCAAGGAGGGCAGCAGGAGACAUGUCCGAAACUGGGGGGGGCUGGACUUUGACAACGUAAAGACAGGAGCUGAACUGGAGAGGGAGUGGACUAGUCGAAGGCCUGGUCCGAAAGGCUCUGUGGACAUGACCAUGUCCAUGACCGGCCGGGAGAGAGCAGAGUACCUGCGCUGGAAGAAGGAGCGUGAGCAGAUUGACGAGGAGAGACUGGCGCGCCAUCGCAACGCCACAGGCCAGUGGAGACGAGAGUGGGACGCACAGAAGACUGAGAACAUGUUCAAGGAGGACCCAUAUGUGGCUGCAGAGGGCAUCACGUCCGAGCAGGGCAGCAGGAGAGCCCGGGGGCGUAACUCUCGUGCAGAGCCUCGGGGCAGGGCCUCAGAUGACACUAAGCGGCCGCCUAAAGUUCCGACGUUUGGUGACUUCCUGUCCCAGGGAAGGAGCCAGGGGCCCCGAGGGGACCGAGGCAGAGGGAAGGGCCGAGGACAGAAACAGAGCUACAGCAUGCAUGACAACCGCUGGGAAGGAGAGAAAGAAGAGGAGGAGAAGGAAAAGGAGGACAAGACAAAGGCGGAGGAGAAGACAAAAAAGAAGGAUACAGAGGAAGAAAAACCCAAACCUCCCACAGCACAGAAGGUGGAGGAGAAGAAUGGAGACGGAGAGGAAGACGACGACGAAUGGGAGGAUGCCAGUGAUGGAGAAGACGCCGAGGAAGCGGUGGAGGAAGGGAGCAACUCGGAACACGACUCCAGGGGCGACGAGAAGAAAGACACUGGGAAAGAGAAAAAACCAGCCAAGAGCAAAGACAAUUCCCCUGCGUCUCCCAAACCUCGUUCUCGAUCUACAUCGACAGGAAGCCCCAAAGAGCAGCGGACUCCCAGGCCGAAGGUCCGCAUCCCUCCCCCAGCAACCGCUCAGGAGUCACCAGAGGGAGGCAAGCCCAUCAGCCCCUUCUCCCCACUGGAUGGCCACCAGCCUGUGUCAGAUUGGGGGGAGGAGAUGGAGAUGCUGUCGCCCCGGAGCAGCAUGGGGGGCGAGAGCCCCCUGAAACCUCCGAGUGCUGAGGCCAGCCCCCCCCAGAAGAAGGCCCAGGAGGAGGAGAAGCAGCAGCAGCAGCAGCAGCAGGAGGAGCAGACAGAGAGCAAAGCUGCCAGCUCCAAAGAACCUGCUGAGCCACAGAAAAAGGAGGAUACAGAAGAGGCUAAACCCCAGCAGCCUCCGAUAGUGUCAGCACCGGAGCCCGUGGCAGCACCGGAGCCCAUGGCAGCACCGGAGCCCGUGGCAACAACGGAGACCGUGUCAACAACGGAGACCAUGGCAACAAUGGAGCCGGUGGCAGCACCAGAGCCCGUGGCAACAACGGAGACCGUGUCAGCACUGGAGCCGGUGGCAGCACCGGAGACCGUGGCAGCACCGGAGCCCGUGGCAGCACCGGAGCCCGUGGCAACACCGGAGCCCGUGUCAGCACCGGAGCCGGUGGCAGCACCGGAGACCGUGGCAGCACCGGAGCCGGUGGCAGCACCGGAGCCCGUGGCAACACCGGAGCCGGUGGCAGCACCGGAGCCGGUGGCAGCACCGGAGACCGUGGCAGCACCGGAGACCGUGGCAGCACCGGAGCCCGUGGCAGCACCGGAGCCCGUGUCAGCACCGGAGCCGGUGGCAGCACCGGAGACCGUGGCAGCACCGGAGCCCGUGUCAGCACCAGAGCCGGUGGCAGCACCGGAGACCGUGGCAGCACCAGAGCCCAUCCCCACAGACUCUCCCGCUGCACUGCCAUCUGACGACACCCUCUCUGAUAUUUCUGUCCCAGCCCCCUCUGAGGUCACUGAGGCUGCUGUGACGAUGGACGAGGACACACCUGCUGCUCCUUCACAAGCAGAAACACUGGACACUGAUCCCUCUCCCGCCGUCCUGGAGGCUGAUCAGAGCUUCUCUGAACCAGCAGGAGGGAGAGAUGACGACACAGCAGGAGGGAAAGAUGACGACACAGCAGGAGAUAAAGAUGGCGACACGGCGCCAGCUGAGACCAACGCUGCCCUGACAGCAGAACCAGUGGAGUCCUCAGAGCAGACGUCCUCAGGCUGAAGCUGCUGGGAACAAACAGACUCACUUCUGAGGAGGAUGGAGGGAUGAAAGGAAGAGGAGACGUCUGAGGAGCAUCACACUACUCAUCACUGGAGUGGCCAUCACGCAUCUAAAUCAAAAAAGAAAAAUAAUGACUUAAACUGUCAUGAGGAGGAGGAGGAGGGGGAGGAGGAGGGACUGUGCACCGCCGCCAUGGACAGACAUCUUUUCAGCGCUCUGUCUCUGAGCUGUUUUAAUUCUUCUGGAUCAAUGGGUCCGAUCACCUCUGAGCAGUCGCUAUCUGUUGUCUCACUCUGUUAAAUAUGAAGACAUCAGGAGUAAAAUGUCCACCAGUCACUGGUUUUCAACACUGAAAAGCUUCAUGUUUUGUUCUCACAGUUUGUGCAGAAGACCACUUGUGUAGACAUGUUGUCACGGGAGGAUUGGAGACUGAGGUGACAUGUACUCAGAGCGUCGCUGCUGAAGCAGCGAGCUCAGUUUCCCCUCUGAGAUUUUGUGUUUAUGAAUUGACCCCAUGGAGUCUGGCAGCUGGAGUCAGUUGACCCAUCGCUGAGCUAUGAGGAGUGUUAGAUAGGUGAUAAGUCUCAUCAUUUUAGAGGUCCACAUCAUUGUAGAGACAGUGUUUGUUUGUCUUGUGCUCGACUGCCUCAGGAACAAAACAGGUUAAUGUCUGUGUUGGUUUUAGCUCUUCUCACUAGACUUCUCACUGCAGCUUGUGAACCUCAAUGUGUGAUGAGUUAACCAGCCUUUGUACAGCUGCUACCAGGUAUAUGAUUAGGAGAACUCCACCGAUUCUGACAUGACACUCAUGAUGCACAGUUUCUUUUUAAAAAGGAUUAAAAAUCAGCGAGAGAUAUCAGAUACUAUCUUUUCAAUUCUUGCAUUCAAAACCUGGUACAUUACCCACAAUGCAACUCAACCGCUGCCAGUUUGGACAGAGAUUUGAGUGUGAUAUGCUCGUGUGUCUACUCUGCAGCAGAGAUGAGGAGUGGGCUACAGAGGUCUCACUUCUGUCUACCUCCACACCUACAGAUUUAUUUUUAUUUUCAAACUUCUAGUUCUCAGACUCAAGUGACAUCACUUGAGGGCAUUUCUUAGGCAGACACAGCUCCCUCUGGAAACACUAAAGGCUUCAUACUAUCACUUUCACAUAUGCACUUGUGCUCCCCCAGACCCUGAAAACCAAAUUUAAUGUGUAAAAUCGAUGGAAUUCCCCUUGAACAUAAAUGGCGUAGCUAGUGUUGCCUGAUGGUUAAUUCACUAUCACACAAGCUCCAGUGUUGGAUUAGAGACUGGCGAGACCGUUAGUGUGAGUUACAUGUGGAAAUGAAUAUAAAGGAUCAGACUGUUAAUCUUCCUGCAGAACAACACUGGUUAACCCUCAGCCACUAAACUCUUACUAUCAUCUUGAGUCAGCUUUUAUUCAGACAUUAUUUACACACUGUUUAUUUUAAACAGUUGCUCUAACGUUAAAUCCUCUGUGACUUUUCCAUCGCACUGAUCUCAGAUCCAUUAAUCUUUAUAAUGUAGUGAUGGGUCUCCACCCUCCAGUCUGCCCGGCUCUUUGGUUUUAUUUUGUGGAUUUUAAUUACUCCGUUUGUAAGAUUGUACAUGCAAAUACUUUUGUUUCUCCUAUCAGACCCCUGACACUUUUUUUUUUUUUUUUUUUUUUUUAAUGAUCAUCAUCAGAGAAAAUAUUUCUAAAAAUAUCGUAACAAACAGCUUUCAAAAACAAGGAUCCUUCACACUGUUUACAUGAGCUUCACUGCAGGUAGUAUGAUGCUCUGAGUGUCAUUCACUGUAUGUUGUACAUGAGAGCCAGCUGUACAGGCCUGCUGUGUGUGUUGCAGAGUAACUGGCUUCAGUGAUGCUGUCGCUCAGGUGUGGAUCAGAGUGACCGACUCGCUGUUUGAGGAAAAACUUUGAUGACUUUUGUCAUUUUUGGCUGAUGCUCUCACCCGGAUUAACUCGUAGGAUCAGGUGUCUCGCUUAAGGGCAUCAUGUGACGUCUUCACACUUAUUCCCUCGUCUCAAAAAUACCAAUCAUGUACUUUAAGCAGUGGGUGCAUUUGCUGUUGUUAAUGAUGUGGUUCUGUGUCAUAAUCAGAAAACAUAUUAUAGUUUCACUGACUCAGUCUUUGCUUUCAUUUUGAGACUGGUGGGUUGUGAAUCAUCGGAGGCCAGUUCUACAGGGGAAUCUGUCACAUCCGUCUGGUAAGAUUUCCCCUCUCUCCUUAGAUGACACACUGCCUCUUUAAAUAGACAGUUUGUUUUUUUUAAAUCAAGGGUUUCAUCCCAAAAUGCUUUAAUGAAAACAACCUUCUCAACGAGAUAUUAGUGAGUUAUUGGUUUUACAUUAAAAAUUCAUGUUUUCAAACAGCCAUAAUAACAGUCUAUUUGGAUGAAAUUGUCUAAGGUGCACUAACAUGAGUUACUCCUUGCAUAAGGAAUUUUUGGGCUGCAGUGUUUUGUUUUAAUAGACAGCUUUGAGAUGAAACCCUCCACUCAUACCUCAGCAGACCAAGGGCUUCAGUUUGGUUUGUUUUGGAGUUUGUGCUUUGUUUUCUGCAAACGGCUCGGCCUUUGAAUCAUGUUAGUUGUAGCGGCUCACCUGUGGCGUUUGAAGACACAGGGCUAAGUGGGACGCUUUAAUGUUUUGUGUUCUCGAUCAGAGGAAUAAAAGCGAUGCAUUUGAAGUGAAAGGAACUGCAAUAUGUACAGUUUUUAAAUAAACAUUCCACAGCUGGGUGUUUGUGCAAAAUGUAGCCUGUGAGCUAUGAAAAAAAUAUUGUUUUUAUGUUUCCUCUUUUUUGGUUUUGCAUAUGGAUGUUUAUUUUUCUGAGCUUCGAUGACAGAUUGUAUUUAAGGCCGUAGAUAUUUCAAUGUACACCCAUAUCUACAACGUCUUCCUGUUUGAUACAUGAAAUCGCUGUGACGACUAACAAGGUUUGCGUUUUAGGGAGUGGUGUGCAGCUGUUUUAAAAAAAUGAUCAGGACAGGCAUGAAUCUGAAACUGUAGCUUUUUAAUGUUGUCGAAGCCAUGGAUGAGAUAAAUGUCCCCAUCAGCUCACACAUCAGGCAGACAGACUCCAGAUGUUCGUACAGCUUUCCACAACGUGACCCACAUGAAAUGUAAAGCACACUGUUGCUUUCAAUUUUUGUUUUUCUCAUUUAGCCAAUAAAUGUUUUUCUCUGA